UGAGACUGGAGCGCAAUUGACAACGGAAGUUUAGUGGGCCGCGGUGAACAAUCACUACAGUCUAUGUAAAUUUCUUGUGGAAUCGGGCGCAGAUGUUAAUGCGAAAGGCGGCGAACAUGGCGCGAGCCCAGCAAUGUGGGCAGUUCAGCGGUGUCACUACUAUGUCGUUCACUUAUUGCUUCAGCACGGCGCAGACCCUCUUCUUACGGACAACCAAGGUUUCAAUAUGCUUCAUCUGGCAACAUUUGAUGGCAACGUCUUUUUAUUAUUGGUCGUUCUCCACCAGUCUAUUCCAGUCGACGUCCCCGAUGCCCAUGGACAUACAGCUCUCAUGUGGGCUGCUUAUAAUGGAUAUCCUGCCGUGGUGGAUCUCUUUUUGCGCUGGGGCGCAAAUGUAUAUGCAACGGACGAGACGGGCAUGACGGCUCUACACUGGGGUUUGGUAAAAGGAUCGCGCGGUUGUAUACAGAAACUCAUCGAGUAUGGUUCGGACCGAUUUGCGUCCAGCGCGCAGGGCAAGACGCCAGGUGUUACUGCAGAAGAGAUGGGCACGGUUCGCAUCUGGCAUCGCGCGCUUGCUGAUUGCGGAUAUAAUGAAGACGGCACACAGAUGACCGUGGGAUUCCCACUCUCAUGGAUCCUCAAGGACCGACGGGCUUUCAUGUCCAAAUUUUUCUUUCUAUUUCCUUUCCUGAUGAUCUGGAGCGUCAUUAUGAUUUUAAGCCACAUGGUUGUUUAUGCGGCUAUACCCAUAGCAUUGGUUUCUGCAUUUGCUUUCAAUUGGGCAGCAAAACAGGCGCUUCCAUGGGCGCCAGCAGAUAUGCGCAGCAUUCAUAAAACGCCUUGGUUGGCAGGUAUUUUUGCAGGUACCCUCUUUUGGGUUGGCGUUCGAUGGGUGACACAUAUAUUACCAGUCACAUUCUUCAGUAACCCGUUUGCCAAUAUCUUUUUUGGCGUGUGCUAUGGUCUAUGCGCAUGGUUCUACUUUUACAGCAUGCUGGAAGACCCUGGCUAUGUUCCCAAACUGGCAAGCCGAGGCCAGCAAAAGGCCGUCAUCGAGGAGCUGUUUAGCCUAUGGAAAUUCGACGAACAAAACUUUUGUGUGCAUUGCAUGCUUCGAAUGCCGCUGCGAAGUAAGCAUUGCAAGAAAUGUUCUCGCUGUGUCGGCAAGCACGAUCACCAUUGCCCAUGGAUCUACAACUGCGUAGGCGUAAAUAAUCUCCGCCAUUUCUUCCUGUACAUUGCUUCCAUGGAAGCAGGUAUUAUCAUCUUUGUCACCCUCGUUUUGUCAUACCUCGAAGCUACCCCAUCCCCCACCCCCGCACAAUGCAAUGUCCUCAGUGCAGAGAUAUGCAGCAUUCUUCUGAAAGAUCCUUUUACCAUUGUCCUCACAAUAUGGACCUGUCUCCAACUCACCUGGGUCACUAUGCUUCUUGUCGUCCAACUCGUUCAAAUCUCCCGCGCCCAGACUACCUACGAGAGCAUGCAUUCCCGCUUGCACGCGCACGACGAGGACAUUUCGACAGCAAUGACAUCGGUCAUUACCGCGGGCACUACCUCUCUUGAAGGAGCCCAGCUCGCUUCUUCUUCUUCACCCACCCCUUCAGCCUCUGGCGUAGCUACACCUGCUGGUCCUGCUGGCGCCGCCACUACCGCACCGGGCAUGCCUCCAGGGAGCAAUGUACCCGCCCAACCCGGCAUCGGCCGCCGACCACAUCCCCACCACCGCCCGUCCGAGGGCUGUCUCACACAAUGGAAGAAACUGCUCGGCAUCGACACGUUUCUCGAAACCGCAUUCUACGGAUCCAAAGGCCAUCCUGACCGCGCUGGAACGGCCGCUGCACGGCGACGACCCAAGAACCAAUUCUCCAGAGGCGUCGUUACCAAUUGUAAAGAUUUCUGGUGUGAUCCUGCCCCGAUCUUCAAGAAGCGAGAGAAUGGCGUCGCCAUGCUCGAUGGCGUCGUGGUCAAUUAUGCGAAAAUGUAUGAUGUGCCGCCACGCAUGAAGUUUAGUAGGAGACAAGGCGCGGCUUAUGAGAGUAUCGCGGCGGAUGCUGUGUAGUCCUUGGUUGCUUAGUCGCACUUUCUUCUUUUCUCACGUUUUGCCUGCCGUCUUUCCUCUCGACUCUAGGGACCAACUCAUGAAAAUUGUCAUCUUUUUUUAUUUUUAUUUAUGUUUUUCUUCUAUUUGCAUCAUAGUAUGGCGGUUUUUUCUUCCUAGUUGCAUGAUAGUUGGCAAAGUAAAUAAUACAAAGAUCAACAAAACAACAU